UCUUUAUCCGAAACUUCACCGCGUCGCUUCACUUUUUUUUUUCGAACAUCACCGACUCAACUGUCAAUCGAACUUCCGUCAGCAGCUCUUCUAGUACCGCACCGCUGCUCGCUUCAACAUUCUUUUCCGGCUGUCAUUUACACCGAGGAGGAAAACAUGGCUCCCCGAUACGAAAUCUGUGUCGGUCUUAACAAAGGCCACAAGACCACCAAGCUGAGGCAGCUGCAGUACCGCGGCGAUCGCAAAGUUAAGGGAAUCCGCCCGUCCCGCACCAAGGGAAUCCAGACCAAGCACACCAAAUUCGUGCGCGACCUGGUCCGUGAGGUUGUCGGACAUGCCCCGUACGAGAAGCGAGGAAUGGAAUUGCUGAAGGUGUCCAAGGAUAAGCGCGCCCUGAAGUUCCUGAAGCGCCGCCUGGGUACGCACAUCCGUGCCAAGAGGAAGCGUGAGGAACUGUCCAACAUCCUGGCCCAUAUGCGUAAGGCCGCCCACAAGUAAGCAGCUAGCUGUGGCUCUUGUGAGUGUGUGAACACUUACCGUUCGCUCCGUAUGUAAUUUGUAAGGAUUACUACAUCCAAAAACCUUCUGUGAAGCAAAAAACAAUGCCCCUAAAUAUAAACAAAUCUGUUUACUGAA